AUGAUGCUACACGUACAUGCUACUUUACCACCACUCUACUGGCAUCUACUACUACCACAUCCCCUCCCUCCAAGAAGCACAUGCCAAAUCAGUGAGUCCCAACGUAGACAGGUCACAGCAGCAAGGCUACCACCCCAUACACAAAACUCAAUUGCAAAUAAACCUCAAUUGAAACGUCAGGAAGCGAGCCAGCAAUUACCAGACAGGAGUAUAGAUAAGGCUUCCGACACGAACAUCCGCCGCCUCGAAAUCAGAGCUCAAUUGCAACUAUGGUAG